AGUCAGUUUAUUUUGGAAUUUGAUGUUUUGUUUAUUAAAUUGUGAGGUUAUAAAAGCAGCGAAACUUGAACUUUUCUUUGUAAAUUUGUAACAAAUUUAUAAUGCCAUAAAAAAAUAUUAAUUUUGACAUUAUAAAAUUGAUUACUUUAGUUUAGAAUGCCUAGUGGUACCAGAAGAAUAGCGCGCACAGUGCGUACGAACACUAUUACACCUCCUGUAAUCUCUAAUUUUGCAAAUGAACCUUGUGGCCAAAGAUAUGCCCCUCUUGGAGCUGCUGUUCCGACUCUCCCAGCCUUAGAGCAGCCAGCAGCUCCUAAACAUUUUCCGUUUCCAAGCACUCCAGUUGACGAUGAUUUCUUUUUCGAAUUUCUUAUGUGCUUUUUCACGGUUAUAUCGGCUGGACUGCAGUAUCUCCACUUAUACCGGUCUGUUUGGUGGCUUCCACAUUCAUACACCAACCAUGCUCUGAACUUUUAUUUAAUUGACAAAUACUUAGUUAUAUUCGUUGUCAUUGUAUUAUCUCGGAGACUGAUUUACAUGCUUGGCUGCAAAUUGUUAAGCAGGUUUAUUUCAAGUAAAGGACAAGAGACUGGGCAGUUUUACUUAAUGUCAUUUUUCUUUGGCAGUAUAUGUGUGACCCUUUCAAUAUGUGCGUAUUUCGUUAUGCAGAACCAUCCAGUUGUGAACAUACUGUACUUGUGUUACCCCGUCUUCAUUUACAUAAUUCUUUUUGGCUUCAACGUAUGUCCAUUUUUCGAACUAGUGAAUUGCACUACACGGGCACCGCCUCCGCUUCAUGCUUGUAGUUGUAAUGCUAACGAUAUCAGGAGGGAAGUGGAGAACCUUAAAACAAACUUUAAUAACCGAAUGAAGCAGAUCCUGUUCAGUGCCAUUUUAAACGCCUACUACGCUGGAUUCAUUCCUUGCUGUUUUGCACAGUCUGCCCUUCACUAUGACACGUUUUGGGCGACUCAGCACGUGAUGUUUAUUUUUAUAAGUGGAUUUGUGUCACUGACCAUCCACAUUCUCUCCCUGCGUUACUGUGAUAUACUGCACCGAUCAGCCUUGCAUUUGGGAACUUGGGAGAAACUAGAAACGGGACGGACCAUGUUGCUCGUGAAUAAUACUUGGAAGGACGAUGUUUUAUGGCCGUACGGCGCGCUUGUUAGGUACGGAAGGGACAUUUGGAGAGCCCAAGGCGAUUGCAACAGCAGCGAGCCUGGAAAUGUGGGUCUGAAACGGUUCUAUUAUAUUUUCAAGAAUCCGACAGAUCCGCUUAGUCUCAUCCUUCUUCUUCACGUGUUCAUGGUCUUGUACCAGCUAGUCCUGUUGGUACGCAGUACUCUUUGGCAUAAUAUAGUGUCGUUGACUUUCAUUUUAUUUUUUAACUAUUACGUACUUUACAAAUUGUUCAGAGAUUAUCUGGUAAGUAGCAAAUUGUACAUGGAAGAACGAGAAAUGCACAAAAAAAUUAACAUGCGAUGAAACGAUUCUUGUACCACCGUAAUUGAAUUGUGAUACGUUUUAAGGGUACGAUUAUUACUCUAAUGACUAUUUUGCUUUGUAGAAACGUAUUUAUUAAUAAAUAA